AGCUACUGUUUCUUCAAAGAGAGAUAACAGUAAUAUUGCUGCUACCCCAACAAGCAGCAGCAACAAGCAUGCUUCAUUACUAAGCUCUGCUGAUAAAAGAAGAUCUACUCCUUACAAGUCGGUCAAUUUUACGCCGAUUAGAGAACUUAAUAGAUUGACUGCAUCAGCAUGAAGAAAUUUGAAAGUGCAAGAGCUAGUGCUGGUUCCUCAAAGGCUUCAAAGGAUGCAUCAUUAACUCCUCUAAGAACACCAACUAUGGCUUAUAAGAAGGAGAUGCAGAUGCAUUCUGCAUUGACCCCAUUAACAGAAAAGAAAAGGAACAAAACUCCUCUUGAUUUAUCAAGCACAGGCAAAAAUACAGCCAGCUCUAAAUGGCGCUUGCUCUCAACAGAAAAUAACAUGAGAUCCCCAAUGAUAUCGUCACCUUUCAGCUUGAGGACACAAGAAAGGGCUGCAAGAAGAAAGAAGAAACUUGAAGAAAAGUUCAAUGCCAAUGAGGCACAAAAAGUGCAACUUCAUACAAAACUCAAGGAAAAAGCAGAGACAGAGAUCAGAAAACUUCGCCAAAGCUUUUGCUUCAAAGCAAGGCCACUACCUGAUCUUUACAAGGAAAGGAAAGAAUCAAACAAGGAAACACAGAAGAGUCAGAGACCUUACAAUGGCAGUGGCACCAAUAAGAAUUUCCAGGAAAAGACUCAGCGCCGCACCUUUGCUCAUCAUCUGAGUACUACUCUUGAGAAUACAUCACGAAAUAUUCAGCAUGGAAACCUCAAGAAUAGGAAUCACAAACAAUGAUCAUGCUCCAUGAUGUUUGUUCUCUGUUGUAAAUGUAGCUUGAAGGAAAUGCACCACAUUAGGCACCAUUUGUUCUCUGUUGUAUUCUUGGUAUAUAACACAACAUUAGUAACCAACUCUCACUGUUGUUCUUCCUUUUGUUUUUUGUACCCUCAAUAUAUUCAAUUGAGCUAUUCUUA